UUUAAACUUAGGAACCAGUCAGCACCGAGUAGAUUUUUUUUGAGUGGUGACAUGAUGAUAUGACAGACAGAAGAUCCAAACAUGCUGGAUUUAUAAGCGAAUGAAGAAGCACCCACUUCACUUGUCUUCCUGGGUUUUCUGGUCUUCCAAUAUAACAUGGCCUUCUCUUCCUCUUGCCUCUCCCUCUCUCCAAUCUCAGCUCUCAAGAUUGAAUAUGCUAAGAAGGGUAUAAGACGUUGGAAGAAUGAUGGAAGGGAACAAAGAUUCAGUUAUUCACUUCAAAGUAAUAACACUGCACUCUUAGGUCAACAGAUCUGGACAGGGGGAGCUCAUCAACACAAGGACUGGAGUUUUGUUGGUGGUUCAAGAGUUAAUGUAAUACCAAAACUUGAGAUAUCCAGUGUGCACCGAAAAAGCUCCGGAGUAUAUUCCUCAUGGCUGGCAACUUCUCAAAUAGCUAGCACAGCUUUUACUUUGGGGACAGCAGCAGUACUCCCAUUUUAUGGCCUCAUGGUUGUUGCACCUAAAGCUGAACUAACAAAAUCAUCUAUUGAAAGCAGUAUACCGUAUAUUGUGCUUGGACUUCUCUAUGCUUAUCUACUAUACCUCUCUUGGACUCCAGAAACAAUGCGGUUGAUUUUUGCAAGUCAAUACUGGCUGCCUGAGCUUCCUGGGAUAGCAAAAAUGUUCUCUAAUGAGAUGACAUUAGCUUCUGCAUGGAUCCACUUGUUGGUUGUUGAUCUCUUUGCAGCAAGGCAGAUUUUUCGUGACGGAUUGGAAAACCAAUUGGAAACGCGACAUUCAAUUUCUCUUUGCCUAUUUUUCUGUCCCAUUGGAAUUCUUACUCAUGUUGUCACCAAAGCACUAACUAAAAGUGCCGGGAGGUCCAGCACGCACAAAAUGCAUUGAUGACAAUAAUUCUGUACUGAAACAAUUUAAAGAUUUCUUGGAAGGUGAAGAGAAAACCUUGAUUUGAUUUGAAUGAAAAUGGUUAUUUGUAUC